CCACUGCCUUGUGGAUCAGACCUUGAGGUAGAAGGCUCCAGAUAUGUCUCCCUAAGAAAAUCACCUGCUUCGGUUUGAGCACCUGGGCAUUAUUCCAGCCCUCACACAAAUCGAGUGAUUUAUGUGGCGCAUAUCUAUUUGGUGCCUCCUUGUACCAAUGUUUAUGUGCUUAAAUAAAUAAAUUCCUACAUCCUCCUACUCCUGAAUCCAACGGUCUAGUUAUACUUUUUGUUUCGGAGUUUCUUUUGAAGUUGACUUCCGUUGCUUACAAGUAUUGCAUUACUUUAGUCAUCUCUAGUAUCACUUUGCGAUACCUAUAGUCUUACAAGUGAAAAUAUGCACUGUUAUGUUGCUAAAUCGUUUGAUGACUUCUUUUAGUGAAUUAUUCCCGGUCUUUUUCAGGUCUGCGUUUGUCUGUGGCAGUUCUCACUGUCAGCGACACAUGCUCCAAGGAUAUUUUACUCGAUCAAAGUGGCCCAGUUGCUGAAAGUUUACUCCAGGAGGCAGGAUUUAACGUCCCGUUAAAAGAUUGUGUCCCGGAUGACCCACAUAUUAUUCGUCGCGUAAUUAUGAAAUGGGUAGCUUCUCGUCAAGUAGAAGCCGUACUUACGCUAGGGGGUACAGGUCUGUCUAGAAGGGAUGUUACUUCGGAUAUAAUUAUUGAGUUAGUUUCCCAAAAUCAACGUCUACAUGGUAUUGAGCACUCUCUUUAUUCUAUUUCACUUCAAAAUACCCCGAUGGGUGCUUUAUCGCGAUUUGUAGCUGGAGUAUGUAAUGAAACUCUACUAAUAACCUUACCAGGUAGUACACGCGCAGUUUCUCAGUGUAUCCCAGUUAUUCUUCCAGUAAUGAAACAUGCUAUCCAGCAAAUCAAAGGUUGGGAUCAUCUUGUAAAAUUAGAACAUCCCAUUCAGUAUAAUCUGGAUAAAAGUAUAUUAGAACGCGAAUAUCCUGUCGUUAGUCGUUGUAGACAUUCUAAAUAUCCAAUGAUAUCAGUUGAUGAAGCACUUGAAAAGAUAUUCGCCGUGUGCAGUUUUGAGAUGGGGAUUGAAGCAGUGUUUCAUAAAAAUGCUUUAGGUCGUGUUCUUGGUCGAAGUUUAAAGUCACGUCAGUGCAUUCCUCCUGUUGAUGCGAGCAUGAUGGACGGAUAUGCUGUUCGAUUUAUGGAUGGUGCUAGUCAACUAAAAGUUGUUGGUGCGUCGUAUGGUGGGGAUCAUAUGUGUGCAGGUAGAGAGUUAGUUGUUACUCCAGGCACAUGUGUUCGUGUUAGUACUGGCAGCCCUAUUCCCUCUGGAGCUGAUUGCGUUGUUCCAAUAGAGAACACCAAACUUAUCUCUAAACGAAAAGGUGGACCUGUAGAUCUUUAUUUAGAAGAGGAAGACACGAUUGAAGUGACUAUUCCACCUGGAAGUAUUGGGCAGUUCAUUCGUCCAGCUGGUGUCGAUUUAGACAUGAACUUUGUUUUUAGGCGAGGACUGCGCCUUGGUUCAACGGAGUUAGGGUUGAUUUCCGGUGCAGGUUUGCUAACACCUUGGCCAUCUAAUCAUGCAGAUUAUGUCAAGGCAAAUGAAGGUCCAAUUCCUUACGCGGUUUUAGAUCGUCUUUUGCAAGGCGGAUACCUACCCUGUCUAGAGCAAUGUCGCAUUGGUGUCUUAUCGACUGGAAAUGAGGUUUUAGAUUGUGUUGUUUCUGAAACAAAGCCUUUUGUGAGAGACAGUAACCGCCCUGUUUUAAUCAACCUACUGCACAAACAUAAUUAUUUCAAUGUUGUAGAUUGUGGGAUUUUAACCGAUGAUCGAAAAUCCUUAAGAAUGGGCUUGUCCAGGGCUUUAACCUUGUGUGAUAUUCUUAUCACAACAGGCGGCGUAAGCAUGGGUGAACGUGAUAUGGUUAGUAAGAUACUAAUCGAAGAUUUUAAUGCAACUCUCCACUUCGCUCGAGUGUUUAUGAAACCAGGGAAACCAACAACGUUCUUAUCUAUACCUCAUCAUGAUAAUUCAGCCAUCGCCGCUUCUACUACCACUAAACCAAAGCCUGUGUUAGCAUUUUGCCUACCAGGUAAUCCUGUGUCAUGUUAUGUAACAGCGCAUCUAUUUGUUUUGCCCUUAUUAAGGAAGUUGGACUUACGACCUCUUGAAGAAUGGUGCUUUCCAAGUAUUCAUGUACGGUUGUUACAUUCUGUUAAACUGAGUGAUCGUCCAGAUUACAGACGUGCCAGAUUAGUUUGGAAAGAGAAUUCAGAAUAUAACCAACCUUCCGUACCUUGUGCAUCUUGUGAUAUGAUGGAGAAUCAAAUGAGUUCUUGCUUAGCUAGUUGUCUUAAUUCUAAUUUGUUACUGGUACUACCUCCCAUUGUUAAUGACGGACCACAGGAACUUCCUGUUGAUUCUGUUGUUAAUGCUUUAGUUAUUGAUUCGAUAUUUUAAAGUUGAACGCUUCACAUUGAAUAGACCUAUCACUUAACUAAAUUAUAAUCUGACUACUGUUGUUUAUUUUCGUGAUUAAGAAUAAAAUAUUUGUUGAGCAAGUGAGAGCUUUUAUUUGCAAUUUUGCGUUAUGUUGACUCGGGUACUCAUCAACUUCAAUUCGUGGUAGUAGACGUCACUCAAAUGAAUUGAUUUAAGACUUACUAAUUAUAUGAAGUAAUUUGGACAGAGAGCCGACAUUACAAAUUGAUUUAUGUUUUAUAUUUGAAUGUAAGCAAUAUUUAUCUUAACAGUCUACCUCUGUCAAAUUUUCCUCAGGUCAAUUUAUGUUCCUCAUUUGAAUUUAUUCAACACAAGAAUUCUUCAACUUCGUGUUUUAAUAGUUGAAUUUAUUAGUCAAUUGAAGCUAGACCACCAUAGAAAACCUGGGAGCACUGGACGGCCGUUUCGUCCUAGUAUGGGAUUCCUCGGCAGUGCGCAUCCACGAUCCCCUUUCCAUGUUUUCCAUGGUGGUCUAGCUUCA